AGAACUUCAUUCCCCAUGUUGAAACUCGGCGGUGGCGGUGGCGGGCAGGAUUGGGCAUGCUCAGUGACAGGGACAGGUCUGGGAGGCGAGGAAGCUACAUUUGAAGUCGAGCGGCCCAGGGAUCAGGGGGAGGUGGGCGGCUGGGGCCCCGGCUGGGGGUGCACGGAGACCCCAGAUUCCGUGCCCAGGGCCAGCAUGCUCCAGGCAGGCGCUGCAGGGCGGGCGCGCGAGGGGGAGGGCGUGGAGGAGGUGGGGGAGUCAGCGGGAGGAGGGGAGGAGCGCUGGGCUCGCCAUCCCCGGGCGCCGGCUCUGCUGCUGCUGAGUCGGAAGCCGCAGGGAGGAUCUGAGGAAAUAAAGACGACCGAGAAUGACCUCCAGGGAGGCCGCUUGAGCCGGGGCCCGCGCGCUGUCCCGCCAGCCCCGAGCAUGGGCGACCGCGGCGGGCAGCCAGAGCGCUCAGCCUCGCACACCCCAGGGGCCCCCGCGGGCACCAGCGCAGCCCUCGUGAACGGGCUGCUGCACAACGGCUUCCACCCGCCUCCAGUCCAGCCGCCGCUCGUUUGCAGCUGGGGCCCCUCGGGCGGCGGCGACGCGGCGCCCCCACGCCUCCCGCUCCUGUCGGAGCUCCAGCCACAGCCGCUGCUUGCUCAGCAUGACUCUCCGGCCAAGAAAUGCCGGCUGCGGAGGAGGAUGGACUCCGGGAGGAAGAACAGGCCGCCAUUCCCAUGGUUCGGCAUGGAUAUUGGUGGAACUCUGGUUAAGUUGGUCUACUUUGAACCAAAGGAUAUUACAGCCGAAGAGGAACAAGAGGAAGUGGAGAACCUGAAGAGCAUCCGGAAGUAUUUGACUUCUAAUACUGCUUAUGGGAAAACUGGGAUCCGAGACGUCCACCUGGAGCUGAAAAACCUGACCAUGUGUGGGCGCAAAGGGAACCUGCACUUCAUCCGCUUCCCCAGCUGUGCCAUGCACAGGUUCAUUCAGAUGGGCAGCGAGAAGAACUUCUCCAGCCUCCACACCACUCUCUGUGCCACAGGAGGCGGGGCCUUCAAGUUUGAAGAGGACUUCAGAAUGAUUGCUGACCUGCAGCUCCAUAAACUGGAUGAACUGGACUGUCUCAUUCAGGGUCUGCUUUACGUCGACUCUGUCGGCUUCAACGGCAAGCCAGAAUGUUACUAUUUUGAAAACCCCACAAAUCCUGAAUUGUGUCAAAAAAAGCCAUACUGCCUUGAUAACCCAUACCCUAUGUUGCUGGUUAACAUGGGCUCAGGUGUCAGCAUUCUAGCAGUGUACUCCAAGGACAACUAUAAAAGAGUUACAGGGACCAGUCUUGGAGGUGGAACAUUCCUAGGCCUAUGUUGCUUGCUGACUGGUUGUGAGACCUUUGAAGAAGCUCUGGAAAUGGCAGCUAAAGGCGACAGCACCAAUGUUGAUAAGCUGGUGAAGGACAUUUACGGAGGAGACUAUGAACGAUUUGGCCUUCAAGGAUCUGCUGUAGCAUCAAGCUUUGGCAACAUGAUGAGUAAAGAAAAGCGAGAUUCCAUCAGCAAGGAAGACCUCGCCCGGGCCACCUUGGUCACCAUCACCAACAACAUUGGCUCCAUUGCUCGGAUGUGUGCACUGAAUGAGAAUAUUGACAGAGUUGUGUUUGUUGGGAAUUUUCUCAGAAUCAAUAUGGUCUCCAUGAAGCUGCUAGCAUAUGCCAUGGAUUUUUGGUCCAAAGGACAACUGAAGGCUCUGUUUUUGGAACAUGAGGGUUAUUUUGGAGCUGUUGGGGCAUUGUUGGAACUGUUCAAAAUGACCGAUGACCAGUAGAAAUGAGCAGUAGAGGGAACAGCCUCCUGUGAGGACAGAGAGCUGAAAGGUACUGCUGGAGAAGGAGAAAAUCGCUGUGGAUGGAAGCCAAGCCAUUAUGGCAGAGGAACCUGCUGGAUUUGUAAAUAAUCUAAAAUUCUUCUAGCUGAUCUUUGACUCUUAGGUUUUGAGCUUAUGAUUUAAAAUGGGAAAUAUAAGAGUUUUUUCUGUAUACUGUAUUUUUUAAAAAAAAAUAAUUUGUGCAGUGUGGCCAAACCCACCAAUUUUAUGCAUUAACUUUGAAAAAUUGUAUGGUGUCUAGAAGGACCUGAAAUGUAAGCGCUAUUCAUUUUUCUUCUGGGGUUUACUGAUUGGUGUGGUAAUUUUAACUUCAUUUAGUAAUUACUCUAGGAGAUUUUACCUUUACUUAUAUUUUUCAUGACGUUUCAUGAUUUGCUGUUGGUUUCAAAUGAAACUACAAAUCUGACAUGUUUUACUGUGAACACUUUUUUUGUUUGUAUGCUUUUUUUUUUGUCCUUUCUGUUUGAAUGUCUUAUGAAAAACAUGAGUCCCUCCCCCUGUUUUUGUUAUCCUCUGAUCUCCCUCUCUCCUACCCACAAUCUAUCUUUAAUGUAAUUGUUCAUAUCAAUCAAGGUGCUGACCAACUCAAUACAAAGUUAAAACACACAAUCCAAAGCUCUCAAAAGUGCCCAUGAGGAGAAGACUUUAAAUGUGUUAAUGAAUUUAAUGAGUCUGGCAAAAGUUGAAAAUGAUAUGCAAUUUUAUCUUAUCCCUUAUAAAUAUAGUGAUUCGCUGGAUUUAUUUUAUGCUGUGUUAUAUUAAAUUGAAUUAUCCUAUGAUGAAAUGCCUUCAUCCAUGUAAUUCUUGUGCAUGAAGUUUGGAACUUAUUGGGAAAAGCUUCCCAGCAGAUGAACUGUCACAUGAAGGGGAAGUCAUGCAUUGAAUGUCAGGUAGUAAUAACUGUUUUGUAUGUUUAUGUACCUAGAUGCUUUGUAACAAGACAUCUUAAAUAAUAAUGUUAAUUUUUUUCAUUUUUAAUAUUUUAAACUGAAAACUGUACUUUCACCCCAGUUUCUAAAAUUAAAAAAUAAUUUAUAAUACUGAUCUCUCUAUAUAUUUUUUUUCUUUUUUGAGAGAUUCCUUUAAGACUGAUGGGUAACUUUCAAGUGAGGGUCUUGUACAUAGAACACAUGAGAUCUUAUGAUCUUUUGGGUCGAGCCUGUCGAUGAAAGGGAUUUUUGAAGAGCAGUGCAGUUGCUCCAUGAUAAUGUUCCCUUUUCUACCUUUGAGCGCCACCUUUAAUUUUGAUAUCUUCAAAUCUUGAGGAAGUUGAUGCUAAUUGAAAAAUUCACUUGUCUGGUUAAAAUAAAACCCAUUUCUGUUGUGA